AUGGAGCUUUCUUGCUUGCAACAGCAGCUCGCGGAGAGCGACUCCGAUGGCGAGCUCCUGUCUACGGGUGAGAACCUGAGUGAGGAGAACGAGCACAGCGCGGCGCCGUUCUCCCCCAGUUCUCGGACUCACCGAGGCAGCAACGGACGCCGGACCCGCCUCCGCACGCGAUCUGACGUGCAGGAGGUGAUCCGCUUCAUGGAGGGGGAGGAGGACGACAUGGGCUCCCCAUCGGCCAAGACGGAGACCGAGGCCCCAGCACAGACGACGUGCUGGGACAGGAUUGACCCUCGGUUGCUUCCUGUGGUCCUCACCGUGUCGUUGCUCUCCAGCGCAACGUGCUGGUUUUUUCUCCAGUGCCCGUUGCUGAGUGAGAAAGGCAUCGGCGCGCUCAGCAGUCUGCGUGCUGGAGCGGCCAUGCCAUUUAUGCUGGCGUUCGGUCUCAUGGCCUUCGCCAGCAAGGUGGACCCGGGUAUGGUUCCGGAAGGGGAUCCGGACCGACCCAUCGAGCGGUCCUACAAAUCAUCGCAGUUUCCGCGGCGUAUACGCAGAUACGACCACUUCUGCCGAUGGUUGCUCAAUGGCAUCGGUUUAUACAAUCACCGCGAAUUCUUCAUGCUAUUGAUGGUGUUUACCUUCAUGGUGGCAGGAAGCUCGAUUGUGGAUGUGUACCUUCUCACAGCUUUCUUGCACCCUGAACACUGGGUGGUGGAGUGCUUGCUGGUUGGCCACCUGGCCUACUUGGGCGUAUUUGCGUACGGCCUGCUGCCAAUCGUACGUCUGCAUGUCGCAUUUGUUUCGAGGAAUGAGCUAGCAAACGAAUGGAAAGACGACCUCAACUAUGUCGUCGACGAUUUGGAGAUGGGCACCUCGAAGUGGGUCGGAGAGCUGGACACUGAAGAGUUUAAUGAGAAGUUCGACAGAUUUCGCUACGAACCCACGCGAAAUCGCUGGGACCAGGGCUGGCAGAUGAACUGCUACUUGUUCUGGUGUGUCCCAAGAUGGGACAGACACCAAACGGGAGAGUUUUAA